AUGAAGAAGACGCGGGGUGAUGCCACCCUCCCCACCGGCCUGGUCACCUUCGUCGUCGGCAAGGAGGAGCAGCGCCUCGAGCACGUGAGCAAGAACCUGCUCUGCGUGCGGUCCGAGUACUAUGGGAAGAUGUUUGGCAUCGGCAUGAAGGAGCGCGACGCCGCCUCAAUCACGGUGCCCAACACGGACCUCGCCAGCUUCACCGCCUUCAUCGACUACCUCUGCACCGACCAGCUCGACCUCGGCGAGGGGGAGGGCGAGCAGGCGCGGCGCGCGCUCGUGCUGCAGGAGCUGGCGCAGAUGUACCAGGUGCCGCGCCUCGAGCUGCUCUGCGCGCAGGCGCUGCAUGAGCGCGUCGGGCCGGCGACCGCCGUGCCGCUGCUCGAGGCGGCGCACACGACGGGCGACGGGCGGCUCCUCGCGCAGUGCCGCCGCUUCGUGGCUGACCACGCCGCCGAGGUGCGGGCGAGCGGCGGCGUGGAGCAGCUGCGCGACCUGGGCGUGGCCAAGGGGCUGCUCGGCGACGCGCUCGACCAGGUGGCGGAGCUCAAGGGGACG